AUGAUCAUUGAUUCAGAAGAACAGUUCUUCAUCAAAGAUGCCCUUCUCAGCUCCAAUCCAUCUAGAAGUCCCCUCACCUCUGCGAUACCAUCAUGCAGUCCGGAAUCACAGGCAAGACCCCUGCUCAAUAUCUUGACCGCUGCAACCAUCAAGCUAAAGCCAUAUUCUCCAGCCUCGACCGAGCUCCACGACGCCUUCACCACCUUCCUCCGCGACGGCGCCCUCUUUGCCCUGCCCAUCACCAUCACCUCCGAGUCCCUCACCCCGCUCCCAGCGCUCCCUUUCGAGAAUGACUCCUUCGAGUCUUCCCUCCCCAGCCUCCAACCCCACGUUCAGCCCAAAACGCCCAAGUAUAUCAUCCUGCGGCGGAGCCUAGAGGAGGGAGGGGCAGGCGAUGCUGGUGCCUUGACCGUGGUCACAUAUGUACCGAGCGAUGCCCCCGUGCGGGCAAAGACGCUGUUUGCCAGUACGAGGACGACGCUGAUCAGGGAGUUGGGGAGGGAGAGGUUUGAAGGACGCAAUCUCUUCCUCACAGAGAGGAGGGAGGUGCUGGACCCACAGGAAUGGAAGGACCGAGAUCGGGACGAGGAUGCGGGAGGGGAUGAGGAGGGGCCAUACACGAAGGAGGAGAAAGAAUUGAGAGGGGUGAGGAGGGCGGAAGAUGAAGAGAGGUAUGGAGGGACUAAAGGCAGGGAUAUCUUAGGGACUAGCGGUGGUGGUGGUGGUGGUGCUAGCGGUAACGGAGUUAAAACGCUGGGAUUCAAGGCGAAGAUGGAUGAUGCAGCAAAGCAAGCUUUAGCAGAGAUGGCCAGGGCUGUUCAAACUGAAGGAGGAGGGGGCAUGCUUGUGCAGCUGUCCAUCGACCUCGCCACCGAAAUACUCAUCCUCUCUUCCUCAUCCACUGAUGUCUCACCGGCCGAUCUUGCACCGAAAAUUCCGGCCGACAGCCCUUCAUACACCUUCUAUCACUAUCCGUCCUCGACAUCCAUCAUCUUCAUCUACUGCUGUCCCGCUUCACCGACGAUCCGAGAGCGCAUGCUGUAUGCCAGUAUGCGAGGAAGUGUAGUGCACGUGGCACGAGAUGAAGGGGUGGAGGUGAGCAAACGUAUCGAGAUCGGUUCGCCAGAUGAGAUGGGUGAGGAGAGGCUGAGGGAGGAAACGGCCGCUGCUGGUAGUGCUGCUGCGGACGACGGCGGCUCCGUUGCGCUCAAAGCAGGAUUUGCUAGACCCAGAAGACCGGGCAAGAGGUGA